AUGCGUGGUGAAAUGGAGGCGGCUGAUUUGAGAGUUCCUGAUAUACCAUUGGCUAGUUGUGAUGAUGAUGAUUGUCAGUCGAUUUGUGAUGGAAAUAAGAAUUUGUCGAGGUUUGUGUUUAUUGAUUUUCCGUUUUCUUGGAGGAAUUGGGAAUUAGGGAAAAGAAGUUGCGAAAUUAGCGCGGAGCAAACGUUUUGAAUAAUAAAAAAUACCGAAAAAUAGGAAAAGAGCGUAGAUUCAUAAUUUGGAAAAACCUAAAGUAUCAAUUUAGAAUUUUCCGGAUAAUUUUGUGAGACCAAAAUUUUUAAAUAAUUUUUUUGGCCAAAAUUUUAGGUAAAAUUUGGUUCAAGUAGAAAUGAUCCUGAAAUUACGGGAUAUAAUUUUCUGAAAUUCUGAAUCUGACAAUUUUUAAUUUUGUUAGAUAAUAAUUUAUUAAUCGAAUCGUGUUUUUGAGUGCAGAACAAUAAUUUUUGCAAUUUUUUCAGUCUAGAUUGUUUCUCAUUUUUCGGUCCAAGGCUUUCUAAGAAUCUCUUAUAAAAUCAGCUUUUCCCUCUCAAAAAUCGAGAAAAAACGAGUUGCGAAAUUCUGGUGAAUUAGCAUAAUUUUGCUCUUUUUUCUCUUUUCUUUUUUUUGCUUUCUGUGUUAUUUUUGAGAGUCAAAAAAUGUAUCUUUUUUCUUUUGUCGGCUCAGAAAAAUAUCAUAUUCUCUUCAAACGAAAAAAAAAAAGACAUUUUUGAGGAAGGGAAUUUCUAAUUUGAUUAGAGAAUGAUUGAUUUAUGGUCAACGAAAUGAAAUGGGAAAUGCAAGAAACAUUGAGAAAUUUUGGUGCCAAAAAGUAGAGGGUAAAACACUGACAAGUCACACAGGUUUUCAAGGCUCAGCGACUUGACAAUUAGGACUUCUAGGCUUAUCUAUGACUCAAAAUCCCCUGAUUAAGUAAGUAUUAGAAUUGGAUACCACGAUCCUAACGAUCGUAAUAUCAUUUUUUCCAAAAAAAAAUAGAUCACAGCUGCCACAGAUGUUAAAAUUUUAUGGUGUUUUUAUCCAAAAACAUUUUUUUCGGAUUUUUUUCCCAUUUACAGCUGUGGCACCUGUUUCUUUCUUCCAAUUUUUAUUCACAAGACUAUUCAGUUUCAUAUUUUGAAUAAUCUAUCUAUAAUAAUGUUAAAAUACUUUGCCAGCUUUUUCAGGUAAAAUCAAAAAUUCUUCCCACAUUUUCAAUAUUAUUUUGACCUUGAAAAAGUGUUGGAUAUUUAAUUGCGGCGACUUUUUGUUGUUUUUAUGGGAUUUAUUUCCGCUGUGAAUAGAGAAUUGUACGAUUUUUUGGAAAAAGGGAAAAUAGGGCGCAGAUGUUCCCCCUUGAAGAAAAUGUCGAACAAAAACCCCUCCAAUUUUUUUUCAGAAACUCACCGGAAGACAAGUCGAUUACCACAGACGAUGAAAGAAUGCAUGAUGAAUUUUCUGGCUCACUUGAGGUAACAACUAUUCUUUUUCUCCCCAGAUUUUUGGUCACUUGAUAUUUCUAGUCAAGAGUUGUUUUCAGGACUUGGUUGGAAAUUUCGACGAAAGAAUCGCGGCUUGUUUGAAGGAUCACGAGGUGACGACUGCUGAUAUUGCACCAGUUCAAAUUCGAACACAAGAGGAAGUUAUGAAUGAGAGCCAGUGAGUUGUUUUGAGCUGGAAAAUAUUAAACUAAUCCAGGAAGCCUCAAAAAAGAAUUUUGGUACUGUAGUGGUUUGGAGAAGUUCGAUGUAAAAUAAAUUUGGGAAGAUUUUUGACGUUGAAAAGUUCACUUGGAUAUUUUUUCUUUUUAAAUUUUGACGGAAAAAAUGGAGAGACACUGUAGUUUUUCUGGCGCAAAAGUUUGUAACAUUUUGAUGUAAAAAAUAUAACGUUUUUUGCAUCUAAAUAUUCAAGGUUUUGUUGCUGAAUUCAAACGUACUGUAACCCUAUAGCUGGCUCGAAAAAAUCCACGUUGCAAUAUUUGAACUUGAACUGUUGACACUAAGAAUAAAUAUUCGAAUUACGGCGCGAACAAAAGCCACGUGGAAUAAUUUGACAACCCGAAAUCUGCUAUUCUUCUCAAAAACUGUAGAAAUUUUGCCAAGUGGCAAAGUGAUUUUCGAGUUCAUAUGUUUCAAGUUUCCUCUCCAAACCCCCGAAUUUCUGGAAAUAACGAAACUAAUCUUACUCUUUUUCUUUCUCGUUCUAGUUCUAUUUUUUUUCUCAUUUUCCUUGCUCAUUCUCAAGGCUCCAAACAAAAACAAUCCUUUUAAGUCCUCAUAACAUGAGUCAUAAAAAACAUCAAUCAUUUUCCCUGCCGUUUUCUGUUUUCUGUUUUUUGAUUUAUCUAUAUAUUUUUCAGAACAUGGUGGACUUUGACUGGAAAUUUUGGUAAUAUUCAACCAUUGGAUUUUGCGACAACAACGAUUUGUAAGAAAAUGGCAGCCGCUUUGGAUGUUGAUGGAGUUAGUUUUUGUUUUUAUUUUGGAAUUGACAUAUUUUUCACUUGAUUCAUCAUAAAAACAAAACAUAAAAAAUAGCGAAAGCUGGAGGCAAGUGGAAAAUUAAAACCACUCUCUCCUCCAAGCUUUUGCCUUUUUCGUCUUUCUCAGCUGUGAGCUCGUCUUUAUCGAUUUUUUUCCUUUUUCUAUUCUUGAGCUCUUCUUUCUUUUUUUUUUCUUCCUACCAACGUAUUUUUAAUGCGUUUUUUCGGGUCCCCAAUUCCAUUGGGUUUUAUGGUGUCGUUCUCUUUUUUUUUGGAGGAUAAUGAAAUGAGUUUGUUAGGGGAAUGAAUAAGUAUACAGGAAGAUGAGCUUUUUGGGGAAGAAUUUAAUUUUUGAAGAUGGAUUUUGAAUAAAAUCAAUUCGCCUGAUUUUUGUAGGAUGUACUGUUGGGUUUCAGAAUUCUGUAAAUUAUUUGGAAUUGUUUCUUCUUCCUAUUUUUUUAUAAUGUUCUAAAAUUUCUAUUUUUUCAUGAACUCAUUUUUUUUGUCCGAAAACCUACGUGUAUUUUGAAAGUUAAAAAAAAGAGAAAAAAUUUUUAUUUUAUAAUUUCAAGCCCAUAUUCAAAAUUGAUUUUAAAAAUCCAAACGAAUUGCUUUUUUUCAAAAUAAAGACUUUCAUUGAAAAAGUCAUUUUGAUAUCUGAAAAUAUAUUCAAAUUUUUCGCAGUUCUCUGAAAAUCACCCAUAAUUACUAAUUUCUCCUUCCACACUUUUCAGGUUUGCAAAACCCAUAUUUCUCUCCACUAAACUUCAAUUUUUCCAGACUGGCACCAAAAACGAAUCGGGUCGAACUAUGGACUCAUCAGAUGAUGAGGAUUUGUUGAGACAACAAAUGGAUGUUCAUCAAAUUGUUGGACAUCAUUGUUCAACAGAUACUGGAGGAGAUACGCCACCACAAACUGCUGAUCAAGUUAUUGAAGAGAUUGAUGAGAUGUUGCAGGUGGGACUUUUUGGGAACUUAAAUUAGGUGCAGUUUCAGACUGUGCCAUUUAGAAUCUUAGAUUUAAGAAGAAAAAACACAGAUCAAAAAUAUUCCGAAGUUUUUUUUAACCAAAUUUCUCUUAAAUUGAGAUCUAAAUGUUUCUCUCUGAAAAUGCAGGAUAAUUAGAAUAAGGUUUCCCUUUUUGUUUCAAGGAAGAGCAAACGAAUUAGCCGCUGUUCUCUUUUUCUUCUUCUUCUUCCUUUAUUUAUUUAUUCAUGUACAUACAUAUACAAAUGUGAGCUACUUAAUUCCAAAUGUAUUAUGUUUGUGAAGAAAAUGAAAAAAGAUGAGAAGAAACAAGAACGAAAAUGAUGAGAGUCAAAAAUAUGAAGAAAGAUCGGGUACAAAAAUGGAACAAGAAGAAUAUUUUAAUUUGAAAUUUGCUUUCUGAAAAAUAUGGGGUUUAGAAAAUAAUCACAGUUGUAUUUGAACUGAAAAAUUACGUGUAAAGAUUUUUUUUUAUUUUUAUCUCUUUAUUUUUGAAAUUUCAGAAUUUAAAAAAAUCAUUUUUUCCUCGAAAAUUGAGAUCAAUAAAUCGAAUUGUAGAGCUUCUAAUAAAUCAGGAAAAUUUAUGUAACUUGGAACAGAAUUUUGAAAAAAAGGUCAUUAGUCAAAACCCCAAAACUCCGUUUUUUUCCCCAAACCUCAAUCGUUUCUUUUUUUAGUCAUGCGAUUUCACUGGUUCAAUGAUGACAGAUCGAACAAUGGAAUCAGUAGAUUCGAUGUAUUCAUCAAUGCGAUCUCCAUUUCCAUCAAUUCAAAGUUCAGAUGCUGACAUCAAACUUCGAAGUGCUCAAGCAUUAGUUAGCAAUCCUGAUAGUAAGUUUUUUUUAACUCUCACACAAUCAAUCUCGAAUUAUCCAUUUCCCAAAUUUAGACAAAAGCUCCUCAUUUUCGGGUAUAGUUUUAUUUCAUUUUAUUUUGAUGAAAUUUAUGUUGUCUUGUGAUCUUUAUCUAUAAAUCACACACUUUCCGAGCAUUCUUAGAUUUUUUUUAGUUUUGAAGCUUUUGUGCCCCGAAAUCACUAAUCACACACUAACCAUCAUAUUUUUAUAUUUAUAAGUUGUUCUCAAAAUUUUAAUUUUGUUUAGAUUUGCAAGAAUUGUCAUAUUCAAAAUUGGUGCAACUUGGAGCAGAAAUGGAACAAUUGAUUGGUGUUUAUAAUGAAAGUCUUGUUGAAGAAUUAGCACAUCGAGAUGAAUUAGAUUAUGAGAAGGAAAUGAAGAAUACGUUUAUUUCGCUGCUUUUAGCGAUUCAAAAUAAGAGGAGGAUUUUUAAUAAUGAAAGGAAGAGAAAAGGGGUUAGUUUGAGGGAUUGAAAAUAGUAUUGGGAGCUUUCGUGUCGGACUAAAGAAAUCAGGCAAGGGCCAAUUUUUGUAGAAAUUUUUUGGUAGUCCAAUGUCUGACUGAAAAUUCUCCUAUUUUUUUUUAAUUCCAAUUCAAAUUUUCCAGGGUCGAAUUGAUAAUUCUCAAUUGCCUCAAUAUGUCACUGCAACAAUACCUUUCAAUGAAAAACAACCAAUCGAUAAUGCUAUGAUUGCAUCGUUGAAUAAAGGUGAGCACUUUUUUUUCUGAAAAUUAAAAAAAGAAACUAAAAUUAAAUUUGAGAAUGAUUCCUAAAUGAUCUCGAGAAAACAAACAAAUAAUGUGAAGUGUGACACUUUAAAAAUCGAUUAAGUGAAAAUGAGAAAAACCUAACAUCUGCCAAAUAUUCACUUGGACCCAAAAAGUGGAUCGGGGAUUUUUUUCUGAGUUGUGGCAAAAAAAAAUUUGAAAAAUAUUUGAUCCAGAACGUUUUAAUUCAGAAUAAUCUGAAAACUUAGUCGAAAUUCAAAUUUCUUUAAAUAAAAUUUAUAAGUCAUCGAAAGAAAGAGUUUUCGUUCCACAAAUUAUCUCAACUCUGAAAUUUCACAAUUUUUGCAGUCCUGAAAGCAAUUCACGACGACAUUCCAACAGUUCCAACAUUGCUCACCGAUUAUAUUUUAACAUUUGUAUGUCCAAAAUCUAUCAAUUGCUAG